AUGUCGCUGCCGCGGCCAGAGCUACCUCCGCCCGCUUUUGAGCAUGUCACCAUUCUCACCGUGCUCUCAGGAGCCGAACACACGCACCAGCUCCUUCUCCUGUGCACCGCAGCGUCGUCCUCACCGACGCCGAACUCCGGCCGCCGCCUUGCUCGCCGCCGGCGCUGCUCCCGGCCACCCUGCGGCCUCUCGUACGGUCCUUUGGAUGCGGACGAGCAAGAGCUACUCCCCGCACCCCGCUGCCUCGUCGCUGCCCCCACUGUCGACCCUGAGCCACUUCCCUCGCCGGCGACCGAAGCCACCACCAGGCCGACCCCGUGCUCUCUCCCUUGUUCCUCCUCCCUCCAUUUUUCCCUCCCGUGGCUUCCUCUGCCUCUCAUCCAUCCUCUCUCUUCUCUGUACAGGUGCUCCCCACGCCAUGGAAGCCACCGCAGGCCUCCACCUCGACCAGCGCCACCAUGGACCAGCGCCGCCGUCGAGCGCCAUGGCUUCCACUUCAAGCUUCUGUGCCGCCCGGAGCUCCUCGAGACCAGCCGGAUCCGUGCGCUACCUCGACUCCAGCCUGUCAGAGUCGCUUCACCGCGGCCUCCCCUGCCUCCAUGGACGCGUCUAGCACCGGAACAACAUCACUGCCUUGUUCCUUCUCCCCUGCAGCCAUGGGCGCCUCAAGCUAGGGCUUGCCUUGCCGCCCUUGCAACCUCGUCCUCGCCUUCGCGCCUCAACCGGCCUCGUCGUCGCCGGGAACCCCAGGCUGCUGCCGCCGCGCUAAAUCACCGGCUCCACGCCAGGCUCGGCUUCCUCUCGUCUUCAGCAAAACCAGAACGCCGAGGCCCUCCUCUUCUUCUGAUCCGGUGCCGCUCCUACCGAGCUCGACGACCACUACCUGCAGGCCUCCCCAUCGUUCCCAGCACUGCCUACUCUCGCCGGCGACCGCAGGCAACAGCUGCAGCCAUGGCCUUGUAGCACGUUUCCCUGCUCGGAGAUCCGAUCCGCACCUCCCCUAGUAGGAUCUGGACCCAGGCGCCUCCCCGCGCCAUCCCGUUGUUCCCCACGCUCGCUGAAGCCCUCAGCGCCGCCGUGCCUGCUUCCUGUCGAGCAGAGGAGGAAGGCACCUCUGUCUCGAGCCGUUCGAGCGCAUGUCGCGCCUGUUGACCGCUCGGCCUCCAAGGCCCAGACAGCGCCAGGAAGGCCCAGCCUCCUCCGCGGCCUGCCCGCGCCGCCAACACCCACCUGGGCCUUAGCCCAUGGUGAGGCCCCCAACGCAUCCUUUGUUUUUUUAUUUCUCUCUACUGGCCCAUUAUGCUUCAUAUCCGGCCCGUAGUUAUAUUUUUUUUCUACUGCUCCGAAUUUGCUUUUAUUCCAGUAAAACAGUUUUGCAGAA